GCAAAAUUCUAUUAAACACCAAAAAACACACUACAUCCAAAACACACUCACUCACACCUGCCUGCAAACCUGCAUAUAUAUUGUCACCACAUAUACGACUAUUCCUUCAUUUCUCUCCAUUGUUUCAGCUGGCCAUGCUUGCUAACAUACGCUCCCCACUAUCGCUAACCUAUUCCCCAUGCCAACGGCUAAUUUCCUCUUCUUCACCACCGUGCUAUUCUACGCCACCAUCUCCGCCACCACACCAGAGAUAGAAUCUCUAAUAGACUUCAAAGCUAACGUACGCGACCCCCUCGGCGCAUUGGACACGUGGAACACAUCCACUCCAUCAGCGCCGUGUGAUUGGCGUGGCGUAGUUUGUAGCGCCGGCAGAGUUCAUGAGCUACGGUUACCUCGGCUUGCUCUAUCCGGCCGACUCACCAGCCGGAUAUCCGAGCUGAGCCGGUUACGUAAGCUGAAUCUUCAUAACAAUAACUUCAACGGCUCGAUUCCGGUAACUCUUUCGCAAUGUACUCUUUUACGAGUUGUUUAUUUGCAAAAUAACUACUUCACCGGUGGUUUACCGCCGGCGAUCGGAAACCUAACUAACUUAUUACUCCUCAACGUUGCUAAUAACCUCCUCUCCGGCGAAAUCGCCGGAAAUGUGCUUUCUACUGUUCGAUUUCUCGAUGUUUCUUCCAAUGCAUUGUCCGGAAACAUUCCGGCGAAUCUAUCGGCAGCGUCGCAGAUCCAGCUGUUAAACUUAUCGUUCAAUUCGUUCUCCGGCGGGAUUCCGCCGGUCAUCGGAAGCUUUCAGAAGCUAGAAUACUUGUUUCUGGACUCUAAUCGGUUAUACGGCACGUUACCGUCGGCGAUCGCUAACUGUUCGUCGCUGAUUCAAUUCACCGCCGAUGAUAACCUACUCGAAGGACUAAUUCCGGCGAGUAUCGGCGAUUUACCAAAUCUGGAAGUGUUAUCUCUUUCCGGCAAUGCGUUUUCAGGUUCAAUUCCGGCAUCGUUGUUGCUAAAUUCUGUUAGUUCUGUUAUAAUUGUGAAGCUAGGGUUUAAUGCGUUCACGAGGUUAGUAAAACCCCCAAAUCAAGCAACAUUCUCUAGGUCUAUUCAAGUGUUGGACCUUCACGAGAAUCACAUUAAUGACGUGUUUCCUUUAUGGUUAACUAAUUUGCACACGCUUACACGUUUGGAUCUAUCUGGAAAUUUAAUUUCUGGUAACUUGCCAGCUGAAAUUGGAAAUUUGUUGAAUUUAGUGGAGCUUAAAGUGGCUAACAAUUUGAUAUCUGGUGAAAUUCCAAAAGAAAUUGAGAAAUGUAGCUUGUUAAAUGUACUUGAUCUUGAAGGAAAUAAGUUUUCAGGUCCAGUUCCUGAUAUUUUUGGGGGAUUAACUAACUUACAGUUCCUCUCACUUGGAAGAAAUCGGUUCCAUGGGAGUAUACCGCCGAGUAUGGCAAGCCUCUCGGAGCUGACAUCGUUAAAUUUGAGCAACAAUAAGUUAGAGGGAGCUUUGCCAAGUGAACUGGCACAGCUUAGGAACUUAACUUCUUUGAAUUUGAGUAAUAAUAACUUUUCGGGUAAUUUUUCGAUCAUCGUUGGGGGUUUAUCGGGUUUAACUGAGUUAAACAUGAGUGGUUGUCGGUUUUCGGGUGAGUUUCCAGCUGCUGUAGUGAAUUUGAGAAGUUUAAGUGUCCUUGAUUUAAGUAAGCAGAGGUUAUCCGGUGAAUUACCGGUUGAGCUUUUUGGUUUACCGAAUUUGAAAGUUGUUGCUUUGGAAGGAAAUGAGUUUUCCGGUGAUGUUCCUGAAGGGUUUAGUAGUUUGACAAGUUUGCAACAUUUGAAUCUGUCAUCCAACGCGUUUUCAGGCGAUAUCCCGGGGGUUUAUGGUUUCCUUUCGUCCCUCGUUGUGCUUUCGCUUUCGGAUAACAGAAUUACUAAUUCCAUUCCGGCAGCAUUGGGGAAUCUUACCAAUCUUGAAGUUCUAGAGCUUGGUGGGAAUCUUUUAACCGGUUCAAUUCCGGUGACUCUUUCACAACUAUCUCACUUGAAAAGGCUUUAUCUGAAUCAUAACAGAUUAACUGGUGAAAUCCCGGAAUCACUAUCGAAACUCUCGAACUUAAGCGACUUGGAUCUCUCUUCAAAUAAGUUAACCGGUGAAAUUCCGGCUAGUCUUUCCACGAUUCCUAACAUGAAACAUUUAAACCUUUCAAGGAAUGAUCUUGAAGGUGAGAUACCAAAGACGUUAGGUUCUCGAUUUACAGAUCCAUCGGUGUUUGAAUUGAACAAUCGUUUAUGCGGGAAGCCAUCUAAAAGGAACUGCAAGAAGAAAAUGUCAUCAAGGAAGAAGAAACUGAUUCUACUGAUUUGUUUGGCAGCUGGUGGUGGUUUGCUUUUGUUAAUUUCGUGUUGCGGGUAUGUUUUCUUGCUUUUACGGUGGCGAAGAAAGUUGUCGAAGAUGGGAAAAUCCGGUGAAGUGAAGAAACCAAGCCCGACCCGUGGAAGCUCUGGGAGAGACACUAGUAGCGGAGGCGAAAACGGGCCUCCAAAAAUAGUGUUUUUCAAGAACAAAAUCACUUACUCCGAUGCCCUCGAGGCAACGAGACAAUUCGAUGAAGAAAACGUAUUGAGUCGUGGGACAUUCGGGCUUCUUUUCAAAGCCUCGUUUGCGGAUGGAACAGUUCUUUCCAUCCGCAGGCUUCCGGACACUUCUGUUCCGGAAGCAACGUUCCAAAGAGAAGCUGAGUCACUCGGGAAGGUCAAACACCGAAAUUUGACCGUUCUUCGCGGGUAUUUUGCAAGUCGGUCCGAUAACGUGCGGUUACUCGUUUACGACUACAUGCCAAACGGAAACUUAGCCACAUUGCUUCAAGAAGCAUCGCAUCAAGAUGGGCACGUUUUGAACUGGCCGAUGAGGCAUUUGAUUGCGUUGGGCAUCGCUCGAGGUCUAGCUUUCAUACAUUCGAUCCCGAUGGUCCACGGGGAUAUCAAACCACAAAACAUCCUAUUCGAUGCUGACUUCGAAGCACACAUAUCUGAUUUCGGGCUUAACAAGCUAACCGUACCCACACAAGCCGAACCAUCGACAUCCACAACCGCAAGCCCAGUCGGGACACUCGGGUACGUAGCCCCGGAAGCCACAUUAGCCGGGGAAAUGACAAAAGAAGCUGACGUGUACAGUUACGGUGUGGUUUUGCUAGAGAUCCUAACGGGCAAAAACCCGGUAAUGUUUAACCAUGAUGAGGAUAUAGUAAAAUGGGUCAAGAGACAGUUACAAAGAGGCCAGAUUUCUGAACUUUUGGAACCGGGUCUUCUGGAGCUUGACCCGGAAUCAUCAGAGUGGGAAGAGUUCUUGUUGGGAUUAAAGGUUGGGUUACUAUGCACAACAUCCGACCCGAAUGAUAGACCUUCAAUGUCCGAUGUGGUAUUCAUGCUUGAAGGGUGUCGGGUCGGGCCGGACAUGCCGUCCUCAGCUGACCCGACUUCACUUCCUUCACCUAUUUAGUUUCGUUUUGUGUGUAACUGAAAUUAAAUUAUUGUAUUUUUUGUUAUUGGUGGAAAUGUGGAAUUAAAAUUAAAAUGUGUUGCUUUGUAA